AUGUGCAGUGCAGGUGUUGUUGUAAAUCCAUCAAAUGGUCUUGUUUCAACUGGUUCACAAACAAGCAUAACCGUUGAAGUAACAUCAAUUGAAGUAAUUAAAUUCUAUAUUAGAUUUGGGUUAAAAGUUCUUGGACAAGAUGAACAAGAAAUUCAUAUGACAGGUGAAGUUAUCGAACCUAAUAUUAAUAUUCUUGAAAGUGAAUUUAAUUAUGGUGGUGUAUCAAUAUUACAUCAAAACAAUUUCAUAUUGAAAAUAAAGUAG